AUGGCGAUGGCGGCGGCGCAAGCGGAGGCGGAGGAGGAGCUGCGGCUAGAGCUGGAGGCCGUGGCGGCGGUGUACGGGGACGAAGUCCGCGUGCUCCUCGACCUCCCGCCCCACCUCGUCGUCCACGUGCGGCCCCGCACCGCCGACGACUCCUCGCAGCAGUUUGUGGAGCUCUUUCUUGGAAUUAAAGCAUCUUCACAGUAUCCGAAGGAACCACCACAUAUUUAUGCUGUGGAAAGUAAGGGCCUUGACGAGAAUCGACAGAUAUAUCUUAUUACCAGCAUCCAGAACAAGGCAAAAGAACUUUCAAACUACCCAAUGCUUGUGACGUUGUGUGAGGAAGCCGGAGAGAUCCUCUCGAAUAUGAAUCAUCCAGCUGGGGAUUGUCCAUUGUGUCUAUAUCCUUUAGUGGGAGAGGAUAAGGUUGGAUCUGAAUUUCCAUUUAUGAAGUUGAUGUCAUGCUACCACUGCUUCCACAGUGACUGCAUUAUGAGAUGGUGGGAAUGGCUCCAACAUGGUGACGCCAACCUGAAGGAGCGUAAUACUGGAGACAAGCAUUAUAAUGUGAAUCAACCAAGAGGAUUUUGUCCAGUUUGCCGCAAAGUGUUCGAUGAAAAUGAUAUUGAGCAUGUUCAUGAUCUGUUGGGUGACAAUACUUCCUGGCUGGCAUCGUUAACAGGUGACCUCGGUGAAGAUGAAACGGAAUUACUCCAUUCUGAGGCAGAGCAAAACAGGAGAAAAAGAAUUGAGUCAAUUGUUAAUCUGCAGCAAGAACGAAACGGCCUGAUUGAACCAAAGAAAGACCUUGCCAUACAACCAGGAAUGUAUGUUUCUCUUCCUCCCAGCAUGCCAGAAACAGCUGAAGAAGAUAAUGCUGAUCCCAGCAAAGACACUGCUACUUCAACCUCAGAAACAGAGCAACGUGGCCUGGCAAACAACACCAGUAGCAAUAAACCCAAGAAUUCAAGCUAUCGAAGGAGAAACAGAGCUAAUGCAUCAAGAAGACAGCCUCACGGCCAGCCACCUAGGCAGCAGUGGCAGAGGAAAGAAGCAGACACUUCACACCAAUAA